UCAUAGGGCUUUGUUUUGCUCACAGGCCGGCUGGUCUGGUUCGUUUUCUCCUUUAUGUUGUUGCUGCAAUUUGUCAUUAAUGCCUUCUUAGAAAUCCUCAAAAGCUUCAUAAGAUCUUAGCAGAGCCAACUGUACUGUGUUACUUCUUUAUUAUUACUUCUAUAUUUUACUUCAGUUCCUCAUACUCCUUCUAGUACUACUCUUGACAUCUAAAAAGUUUUCUUUUUUCAAGUCGAAGUAUCAGCUUUUGUUAGAAAUUGCUGAACUGGGGUUCUCAAAUUUUAAUUUUCUUUCUAUAUUCUCAACUGGGUUUGUGAAUUUGAUUUUGGGUUUCUGAAAAUUUACCUUUAUUUUAAAAUUUCCUCAAGUGGGUCUCAAAAUUUUGAUUUAUCUUUUCAUUUCCAUCAUUUGGUCUUCUUAACUUAAAGAUUGGUGGGCUUAGGACCAAAAGGAGAGCUGUAGCGUUGUCGCAGCCUUGCAGAAGUACAACACUAGCUUCUUGUAUCCCGGGCCGCGCCGCUCGUGGUUGUCGCUCGUGGCGCUUUGAUUGACAUUUGUCAGACUUUGUUUAAUCUAUUGCACACCCUUCUCUUUCUCCUAUUCCACCUUUCCUUCCUCCGCCAAUCUCUCUUAUAUACCUCUUUGCCGACCUCCCAAUACAGAGCACUUGAAGAGUUUUUUGGGUUUGUUUUGUAUGCGCUCAAAGGUGUGAAAUUGACCUCUGAGGUGUUGCAUUUACCUCAAUUGUAGGGAGGGUCGGUGAUAGUGUUGAAUUUCACUGUUGCUUUGCAUUGAAGCCGAGGUACAGUCUUCGAACCUUGGAGCUUUGUUCUUUGUUUCUGUAUUUGAUUAUUCCAUCACUUCCGCGUUUUGGGGUAUUACUAUUGUUUUUUUUAAUCAUAUCUUAGGAUUAGAACAUGUGAAAAACGGUUGUCAUUGGUGGUCUCUUGGGUUUGGUAGUUGGUUCCCCGUACUUACCCACUCUUUUUGAUUUACAAUAUGAAUAGUGGAAUUACAAGAUGUGGGGUGGCCAUUGUUUUUACAUAGUUAGCGAGUGAAACUCGGUCCGUGAAUAAGGGCUUUGUUGGAUAUUUAAAGGGUUCUAACCAGUGCUUUGAGACUGCCCUGAGGGAGAGUGUAAGAGGAGUGGCUUUUGAUGUGGAAUAUUGAUAUUAAGUACAAGACAUGCUGAGCUCUGAUGAGGGAGAAAUUGAUGUAUUCUUUGACUCGGUGGAUCACUUGUCGUCUGAAGAGUUAGUUGUAGAUAAAGAAGAGUUAAAUUAUGUAAAUUUAGAGUAUGGUAUUUGGAUGAAUGAGCCACUAAGUGUUAAGGAAAGGCGAGAUAGUUUUUUACGUGGAAUGGGUUUAGCUGAAGCUGCUUCUUCUAAGAUUUGUGCUGAGGAGAAUGGCUCAUCAGAGAUGGUGGGAUUGGAGAGAGUUACAGAAUGCAGUGGAGCGGUCUCAAGCUCUAGCAUUUCGUCUACCAAUUACGCAGAGGAAAAUUUGGUUUGUUGUGGAAGAGAUAGAGGCAAUCUAGCAAAUGCCAUGUUUGAUGAAUUGGAAGGAAAACAAGAGGUCAAACAGAAGGUAGCUCUCAAUGGGGAGCAUACUUUGCUUUCAAGCUCUUCUCAAGAAUGUGUAGAGAGUGAUGCUCAUGCACAUGCUCGUGCACAAGAAUAUAAGAACUUAGAUGUGGGUAAAAGGAAAUUGAAAAGUUGGUUAAAACGGUUUGUGAACAAGACAAAGAGAAGAGGAGAUACAUUUGCAGCUGAGGUAUCAAAACCAAAUUCGGAAAUGCCUGCGAUAAAUAGAAUGAAGGUGAGGCAGAACAAGAAGGGGUACGCGGAGCUUACUGCUCUUUACAGUGGGCAAGAGAUUCGUGCACACAAGGGCUUAAUUUGGACAAUGAAGUUUAGUCCAGAUGGCCAGUAUCUAGCAAGUGGUGGUGAAGAUGGGGUUGUACGUAUUUGGCGUGUUACAUCAGCAGAUCCCUCUACUAAUUAUCCAGCAGUUGAAGACAAUUUUUGUACAAAAAUGAAAGGAGGCAAGUCCACUUUUGGGGGAAAGAGGACAAAACAUGCCUCAAUUGUCAUUCCUGCAAAGGUUCUUCACAUUGAAGAAUCGCCACUGCAAGAAUUUCAUGGCCAUUCGAGUGGUGUGUUGGACUUGUCUUGGUCCAAUUCGAAUUGUCUUCUUUCAUCAUCCAAGGAUAAAACUGUUUGUUUGUGGCAAGUGGGUUGCGAACAAUGUUUAAAUGUUUUCCGACACAAUGAUUACGUGACUUGCAUUCAGUUCAAUCCAGUUGAUGAAAAUUACUUCAUCAGUGGCUCCAUAGAUGGAAAAGUUCGAAUUUGGGGAGUGUCUGAGAAGCGAGUUGUUGACUGGGCUGAUGUGCGAGAUGUAAUAACUGCUAUAUGUUACCAGCCAGAUGGGAAUGGGUUCAUUGUUGGUUCUACUACAGGCACUUGCCGUUUCUAUGACACAUCAGGGAAACAUCUUAAACUCAAUGCAAAGAUACAUAUUCAGGCUAGAAAGAAAACUUCUGCCAAUAAAAUAACUGGCAUUCAGUUUUCCCAGGAAAUAUCUCAAAGAGUUAUGAUAACAUCAGAAGACUCCAAACUUCGUAUAUUUGAUGGGAUUGAUAUCGUCCAUAAAUUUAGAGGUUUUCCAAAGUCAGGAAGCCAGAUGUCAGGUUCAUUUACUUCAAGUGGGAAACAUAUAAUCUCAAUCGGAGAGGACUCACGUGUUUAUGUCUGGAACUAUAAUGGUUCGUGCAUCCCAUUGUCAAGACACACAAAAUCUGUGCAUUCCUGUGAGCAUUUCUUCUCUGAAGGUGCAACUGUUGCAAUACCUUGGUCAGGCAUGGAAACAGGACCAACGGGCUCAUGGAGAGCUAGUCCUGAGUAUUGCUCACAAGCAUGGGACCAUGGAGAGGCCGAUUCUUGGAUCACGGAUUCGGAACGUUUUUCUCUCAGUAAUUGGUUCUCUAUGGAUGGCUCAUGCAGGGGCUCUGCAACUUGGCCGGAGGAGAAACUUCCUCUGUGGGAUGUACCAGUUUCACAAAAUGUACCUCAUUAUCAGUACCAUCAGCAACAGAACUGCAAUAAUGCCCACAAACAAACAGCAAUAUCAGACACAUGGGGGCUCGUGAUUGUGACAGCUGGAUGGGAUGGAACAAUCAGAACAUUCCACAACUAUGGAUUGCCCAUCAGGCUUUAGGUCUUGCAUGAUUACCCUUGAAGAAUUUUGAGUUCUUAAUAGUCAGCCUAUAUUUCCCUAACCUUAUCCACAUGCUCAAAAUUUCCUAGAAUUACAAAUCUUCUAACAUGUUUCAUAAGCUUGUAGAUUUGCACUCUUUGGCCAAUGUCAGAUAGAUUAUUAGGUCUGGGAGGGCAGGCCAUACAGUUUUUCAUUUUUCAACCUUCUUCUCCCCUUUGUGAAUGAUACCUGAUGUAUAGAACAACACAGUAAAGAAAUGCAAUUGAAUCUUUUGGCUACUCUAAGCUUGUGUCAAGUUCUUCGCUG